UUCAUCAUUCAUUCAUUGAACAUCGCUCACGUUCAUUCUUUUCUGACUGACAUUCGGUCACUUUGAUUUGACAUCUGUGUAAAGCAGAAUGUCUGCCCACAAGACAUUUAUUAUCAAGCGCAAGCUUGCCAAAAAGCUAAAACAAAACCGUCCCAUUCCCCAAUGGGUGAGAAUGCGCACAGGAAAUACUAUUCGGUACAAUGCUAAGAGGCGUCACUGGAGGAGAACCAAGCUCAAGCUGUAAGCCUGUAAUGUACUGUAUGUAAGCUAAAAUAAAAACACAUUCUCCA